UUUUGUCUGUCACAUGCUCACAGCAAACUUUUAAAAAGGUGGUUUAGCAGCUGGGAGAAAAGAGCGAGAGAAAAAAAAGAAUAUUCCUAAAAGGAAAAGAAACAAAAAGAUGAGAAGGCAUCACCGGCGGCGAUCAUCGACGCCGUCAGUGGACUUCGGAGAAGACGAGGAAGACGACGAGGAAGAAGAAACAUCAUCGGAAGCACGAAUGAAGUGCGUGUCAUGUAAAGAAGAUUACAGCUCACGUGACGCGGGCACGUGCAGGGAGUGUUACGAGGAAGCAAGCGAGACAGAGGAAGAGCUGAAGCGUGAGAUCGAAGACCUUAAAUCCAAAGUCAACUUCCUCCGUUUCUGGGCACCACCUGACCCUCUCCACCACCUCCACCACCAACGGUCUUCUUCCACUAAUACCGUACCCUUCUUCUCCGACGUCGUUUUGGUCGCUUCUCAUGAUGAUGAAAAUGGCAAGUCUACCCCUCACCCUGUACCUGUUCCUGCAAAUCGCGCUGUUCUGGCCAGUCGUUCCCCCGUAUUCAGAGCAAUGCUUGAAAAUGAGAUGGAAGAAAGCCUUAGCGGCACAAUUAAAAUUAGUGACGUGUCAUAUGAUGCACUUCGUGCCUUUGUGACCUAUUUAUACACUGCCGAUGCUUGCCUAGAUGAGCUUAUGGCUUGUGACCUUCUCGUUCUGGCAGAAAAAUACCAAGUGAAGCAUCUGAAGACGUAUUGUGAGAAGUUUCUGAUUUCCAAAUUAAACUGGGAGAACUCUCUUCCUAACUAUGCCUUUGCUCACCAGCACAAUGCAAAGAACUUGCUUGAUGCAGCCCUGUCAUUGAUCAUGGAAAAUAUGGACAAGCUGAGCAAGCGAGAAGAAUACAAAGAACUUGUGGAGAAAGAUCCCAGGCUUGUCGUAGAAAUCUAUGAAGCUUACCUUUCCAAACAGGUGAACACUGCUGUGCAUAAAGAUCCAGCUGCUAAAGCAUAGUCCAUGUUCAUAUUAACUUCAGUAGUUCCACGAGGAUUCUCUAAUUUUAGUGGUUAAGAUUAUAGUACCCUGAAUGGUGAACGUAAUGCAACUGUUUGAUUUGAAUUUCAUUAAUCCAUGGAUGUAUUUUGUUACUGAAGAAUUUACCUUUUAACUUUUAGUUGCUGA